AUGUCAAUAAUAAGUUUAUUGGAUAACAGUGACAAUGAAGAUUAUCAAGACGAUGAGCCGUCGACAACAUUCAGCAUCAUACUUCCUGUACCGUCGAAUCUUUCAUAUUCUCUAUGUACCAUUGCUUUGUAUGCUUUACGUCAAGCUGAUCAAAAUGCGAAUUGGAAAAUUCAAGCUAUGUUUGGCACUGAUCUAAAAUACAUCUUCGCAGUCGUCACAGCGCUUACUCGGCCAGGGAUUCAAGCUAUCUGGCCAAUCAUUAUUGACAAAGAAUGGUCAUCGUUUCGUGAAGGUCUAGUAACACUAUGCUGUAUUAAACUACUGAAUCAUCAAGUGUCUGAAAAAGAAGCGAAUGACUCUUUUGAUUUACUUUCUAUGAUACCUAAUGAAGCGCAACGACAAGAAACAGUCAUAAAAUUACUUACCCUACUCGGUGACUUAAGAUGUGUUCUGAAGAGAACUGAAGAAGUGGCUCUUUAUACAUUAAUCGAUCGAGAUCAUCUCAAAUUGGAACAUCUCGAAGUGGCUGCUUCUCUUGAGACAUAUAUUACUUAUCUUACUCAACUUUUGAUAGCUUAUCAAGGAGAUAAUAAUGAAUUAGAAGAAAAGAUUCAAACACAACUUGAUAAACUUCUGAAAGAAAAUCAUUUUACAAUCAAACUUGCAGAUAUUGUAUUUGUUUUAAAUUAUAUGAAAAAUGAAACAAAUGAAGUUCAUGACAAUAUUACUCUAGCUGCAAUUCAACGAGUUAAAUUUAUUAUUGAAACAAAUAGCUCAAUACGAGAUACAAUCAGAAAGCAUUUGGAUGAGAGAAACUAUCAUAUUUCGUUAGAUGAAUUCACAUUUAUUCGUGAUAUUAUCUUUCGUUCUUACAAUCCAUAUGUUUUGCAUGAUAUCGAUCGUCAACAAUAUCUUUCAAGAAUGCUCAGUCGUCGAGAUGAUCGACAAAUGGAGUAUUUUAUCGCUUGGUUUCAAUAUUUUCUCUGUGAUUCUAAUCCCGAUUGGAUGAAUUAUCAAAGUCUACUUAAUCUAUGGACAGAGUGUUUUGUUUACAAGCAAGAUUUGUUCUCAAAUAUUAUUAAACAAAUAGAUGUGCUCAUUGAUUCAUGGACAAAAGUUGCGCCGCAAGAUCUUCAACGUUCAAAUUUUUUUCUUACCCAUAUGGUAACACAAUGUUUUCGACAAGAUCAACUGCAAAAUAACAAAUAUGGUCUUAAACAAAUACAAAGUCAUCAAAAUCCAUUAUUUCAUUUGAUAAAUAUCGAUAAACAAAAAAAUAGACAAAAUACAUUGGUGAAAGAUUUAAUUUCACUUGCUGCAUCGUUGAUUGAAAUAAAUGAAACUGAAAUUCUUAACGAUACAUUUUAUCUUCCUUCUUGCGAAAAUUUCACAUAUGCUAUUCUAUUUGAUGAAUCACUCAAUUCACUUCCGAUCUACACACAAACGAUCAAUCACUUGAACGCGAAAUGGAAGAAAUGGGAAACAAACGGUGUUAUGGCUCAUGAUGUAUGGGUAUGGAAAGGCUUUACCUUAGAACAAAAAGCUGUUGUGCGUAAGAUAUGGGCUUUAGUGACUCAAGUCACAAAAGAAAAAUAUCAGUUCGAUGCUCUGUUCGAUGCCACUCAUCGAACUAUGAAAGCCAAAUUGGAAAUGAAUGAAAAAGUAGUGACAUGUCUCAAUUCCUAUUGUCAACAUGCAAACGACAAAGAUAUAUAUCAUGCGCUGGUGCGGGAAUGGCAUGAUCGUUUUCAACGGGAAAUUAUUCAAUCGAUCGAUAUACCAAAAAUGCUAAAGGAUAUCGUUCCGUUCGCUGAAAAACUUAAUCCAUAUGCAAAUGUAUGUAGCUGGCGAGCGUUUCUUAACCAACGAACGACAAUCAACGCCGUCAAAAAAUCUAUGGAACAACAUCAAGAAAUAGACAAUGAAUCAUGGACUGCAGAAAAAUCAACAUUAACGGAGGAGUCAGUAUCUCCUGAUCAAAUCGAAUUUGAAAUGGCAAACCCAUUAGCUGAGCCGGUGAAGAGAAAAUGUAUGGAUGUUCUUCAACAGACCAUUCAAAUCCUUGAACAAUUCUAUGGCAUAUUACAACGCAUAUGUAUGUCGCGACAAAAAAUGCCAAUUGAACAUAUUAUUCGUCUUUUUCCUGACAUUCAACAAGCGCAGAAUGAUCUCGAAUUGCUUAAACCAUUACUUGACCCAACAGCUCUACCACAACUUCUUUCUAUCGUUUCAUUUUGGAAAGAUCAUUCAUGCAUUCAUCAUAUAUGCAGGGGUUUAAUCCAGCUGAGCAAAAGAGUUUCUGCUACCAUUGACUCAACUUUGUUUGAAAAUGUUUGUAGCAUCAAUGAGAAAACGUCGGGUGAAGUAUGUACUUCAAUUUAUGAACAAUAUCGUAAUGAAAUUCAGAAACGGUUUCCAGACAAUAUUCUUACAUUCAUAUCCUACUACGAUUCAUCAUCAGAUCUCUUUGAUUUUCUGCAUUCACUCACAGCUGACGAUGUUUACAAUUUACAAGAGGCUGUCAAUGAUUGGGAUGAAACACUAGUUAGUACGAAAACCGUUUUUGACUUUGCUAUUGUUAAGAAUUUCAUUGAUCGCGCCUAUACUGUUAUGCGAGAGAAACAUAAAAUAUUGAAAGAUACUCCAUUUCAACUUGAGCAUAUUGUCGAUUGCUUCACGGACGUAUGGAAGAAUGAUCAAUUCAUCAAUCUACUUAAGUGUCUCGAGUCAUCAUCUCUUGCACUGUCAAGUAUCAAACGUAUUCAUUUAGAAUUAACUGAUAAAGAACAAUCAAAACGACGUCGAAUUGCUGACAUUCUACAAAAGUCUAGUGUCUGUUUUGUUCGUGUCAAACAUCUCGAAACAAUAUUUGAUGUCCAUGUGGAGCUUCCAUCUCAACAAACAACUACUAAUCAUGAAAAGAAACAACAAAAAAUAACAUUAUCUGAUUUAAGUGAACUUCGUGAUCGUGCACGUCUUCUUGAAUACUCGAGCAAUGUCAAUAAGAGAAAUGUAUCAGAAGCCGAAAGUGAACGUGAUAAAGAAAGAUUACGUAAUUUUAUUCGGUUUGCCAACAUAGUUGAGUCUACUAUUGAAAUUCUGACUAACUUAUAUAUGGCAGGUCAUCCGUCUGUUCCAGAGUUUCUUGUUGGCCAGAGAAUAUUUUCUUGCACUGAUGGAUUGUAUGAUGAUUUAGAACAGAAUAAUGAAAUGUUAACUAAUUUACUCAGUGAUUGGGAAAAUAAAUUAUGUGCCAUGUAUGAGACACACAUUGGUUUGACUUAUUUCUCAGGUGAUCAAUUCUGGCAAAUCGAAGAUUAUAUCUAUCAUCGUUCUUCAUUUUCUCAUCCGGGCUAUCAUCUUCUCAAAUUCAUUGACAUUGAUGCAAAUUCAAUCAAACAACCGCCCAAGAUACCACAAAAACCAGAUGAUCGUCUGGUUAACCUUGGACGUAUACUUUCUCGAGAAGAGCAAACGUCUACUCUACAAGAAAAUCCAAAAGUUAAAAAAUGCCUUCUCGUCGAAACAACAAACGAUGGUAUACUUCGUGCUAUUCUGUCACUAUUCUCGUUAACAAAAACUUCACCCUCAGUUCAUCGCAUUUUCUAUUGCACCCAGCGCACGAAUUGGAUUCAAGUACGCGCAUUCAUUUACCGUUGUUUUUAUUCUCAAUCAUGCCAUCAACUCAUUCGACCUGAACUUCUUUCGCAAUCGGUUCAAGAUCGGUUUAUUCGUCUAUUACGUUUGCUGAUGGAACAGAAGCCACGCCAAUUUUUUCGAAUAGGUAUUGUUACGAUGACCACAGCAACAGAACAACAGAUGAUAAAUGGACUUCAAUCAAUGCAAAUUCUCAAUAUUUUACGCGAUUAUGAAUUACUUAAUAAGCCCGACCUUUCAAAAAUCGUUGAAUCAAUGAUUCAGGAUUGUAAACUGAUCACAUCGCGGAUCUCUGGUCUGGGAAAAUCGAGUAUUAUUCGAAACGUCAUUAAACGAUCAGAGAAAAAUUACAUCAAAUUUCCAAUCUGUGGCGAUUUUGACGUUGAUCGAUUGGCAGAAAGACUUCGUUCGAAAUAUUCUCAACUUGAAAAAGCCGCAAUUCAUUUUGAUAUUGGAUCAGUUCAUAACAGUCAACAAUUGAAUGAACUUCUCUAUUGUCUACUUCUGUUCAGAAGUUUUCGUUUUGGACAAGUAGCUGUUUCAAUACCAGCAGAGACUUCAAUUUAUAUUGAACUUGAUGCGUCACCUCAGUCUACUCUAAAUGAAAUUUCACUCUUUCAACACAUAAAAUCAUUGGCACAUAUUGAUCGUGUCGACUGGACUACUCUAAAUGUGGAGAAUCUCGAGACUCAGACGGUGGCCAACUAUUUGCAGGAAAUCGUUAGUGGAGUCAUCACAAAACAAAACGUUAAUCCUUCGAAUUUUAAAAAACUAAAUGCAGCAACAUGCUCCCGUCUCAUUCAAGAUCACUUUCUUCAAAACAAAGAUGUGAAUUUUAUUACCUGGACUCAACUAUCUAUAUUCAUAGCCGUCUUCGCUCGUCUAUUCACAGGCUUUUCCCGUUGUGGUUAUUUUCUUGUCGAAUAUGUUCCUCAUCCAGCACUGCGUAUGGAUCUUGUUCAAACAUUGCUUCGAUCUUCAAAUCAAUUCACCUCUUUGUCGGUCGAGGCUGUUCGUAAACAACAGCGAUCAGUUGCCACUAACGUACCAGUAGAAUUUAGUGAUACCAUUAUUCGAUGGGACAAAAUUCAACCUUUCACAUUAAUUUUCACAUCUACUGAUGAACCACUAUUUAUUUAUAAGAAAUCAACUGAUGUUCCUCAAGCACUUAUCGAAUAUUUUAAAAUAUAUUAUCAAGCAAUAGGAAAAAAGAGAGAAAUUGUGGAAAAUAGAAUGUUUCCUGAUUACAUGAAUCUUAGUCAUACAGAAUUCUUUAUCAAAUUGGUAUCACUUUCAAAGAAAUAUUUUAACAAAUCAAUUUGUCCGAAAUGCUUUCGACAAUAUGAAAUUCAAGAGCGACAAUGUAAACGAUGUUCUACCAAUGAGUUUCUAAUUCGACCUGACUCAUUCGAUCAUGCUGAUGUUAUGACAUUUCAAAUUGAUAUUGCAGAGAGACUAAAAAAUGAAUAUGUUCUUACACCAGAUAAUUUUGUCAAAAUGCUUCUUAUAUACAUGCGAGUGGAAAGCGGAAUUCCAGUUUUAAUUAUGGGCGAAACAGGUUGUGGAAAAACGGCUUUGAUUCAGUUCUUAUGUCAAAAGGUUUUGGACGAUGAUCUGGAAGUUUUUCGCAUGCAUGCAGGUGUUCAAGAUGACAAAAUCAUCGAAACAGUACAAUCCUAUAAAAGACAAGCUGAAGAAUGCCAAAAUCAAAAUAAACGAUUAUGGAUUUUUUUCGAUGAGUUCAAUACAACAAGUAAUAUUGGUCUUCUCAAAGAAAUUAUAUGCGAAAAAACUCUUCUUGGCGAAUCAUUACCACCUAACAUGGUUUUCUUAGGUGCUUGCAACCCACGACGUAAUAAAACAACGAAAAUUUUACUUAAUGAAGAUGGUCAAAUUGGAUUAAGGAAAAAUCGCUAUGAAAUCCAGAAACUCAUUUGGGCUGGCACCGACAGACGUCUCCUGUAUACAGUAGUACCCAUUCCGGAAACAAUGCUCGAAUAUAUCUGGGACUAUGGAUAUCUGAACGAAACAACCGAAAGAGCCUACAUUAAGACGAUGUUGAACACAUGCCAUAAUCUCUCGUCUGAUCCUAAGCUCUUCAACCUUACUGUUGAUCUUCUUGCCAAUUCUCAAAAAUAUUUUCGAGAACUUGAAGAUGCUAGUAGUGUUAGUCUUCGAGAUGUCGCUCGAUUUUGUCGUCUAUAUAAUUGGUUUCUUGAUUCACUAAGUCAACGUGCUCAUGCAAGUGGAUCGCACAAAAAAUCGCAUUCUUUUCUUCGUCGAUCUAGUUUAAUUGCAUUAUUACUUUGUUAUUAUUUUCGAUUACGUUCGGUUAAAUUACAAGAAUUAUAUAUUGACCAAAUGCAAUUGAUUAUGGCCCAUGAGAAUCCAAAUAUAAAGAAGGUUCCUAACUACUUGACGAAAUAUGUUCUUGAAACUGAACAAAAGAAAUUAAUUGAUGAAAAGAUGGAAUUACCAGCAGGUACAGCUCCUAAUCGAGCACUACGUGAUAAUAUAUUUGUUCUCUUUGCUUGCAUUGUCAAUCGUAUACCUCUCUUCUUGUGUGGCAAACCUGGCAGUAGCAAAUCAUCGGCAGUUCAAAUAGUAAUCAGCAAUCUCAAAGGCAAAAAAUCAAGAGAUCCAUAUUUUCAAACACUACCAGAAUUGGUGGCUGUCUCUUUUCAAGGUUCCCAAAAUUGUACGUCUGAGAGUAUUAUUAAGGUUUUUGAGCGUGCUGCAAAUUAUACUCGAGUGAAAGAUCAAUCUGAAUUAUUACCAGUGAUCGUUUUCGAUGAAAUUGGUCUUGCCGAACUUUCUCCACAUAAUCCAUUGAAAGUAUUACAUGCUGAACUUGAAAUUGAAAAUAAUCAAUACGGAUUUGUUGGUAUAUCUAAUUGGCGACUUGAUGCUUCAAAAAUGAAUCGAGCUCUCUAUCUAUCGACUCCUGAUCCAGAUGUGAAAGACCUCGAACUCACGGGUAAAAUAAUCGCUGAUAGCAUGCAACAACAAUCAGAAGGACGAAUUAUUCAGCUGGAACCAAUCAUUAUUGAAAGUCUUUCUCAAGCUUAUUUUGAUCUUUAUGAAAACCUCAAAGAAACACAACCCGAUCAUGAAAAUUAUUUUGGUCUUCGAGAUUAUUAUUCUCUUAUCAAAGGUAUUGUUCGUGAUUUAAUGGCAAUGAAAAACGAAGCAAACACAUACGAAAUCGUACGACGACAACUAAAAGCCAAUUUUGAUGGUGUUCUUGAUGGAUCAUCGUUAUUAUGGCAACAUUUUUGUCAAUAUAUCAAUAAGCAAAAUCUCUAUAACGAAUACCCAUGUCCUCCUUUUAAUUUUCUUCUCGAGCAGAGUCUUAAUGCUCGCAGUGGUCGAUAUUUGAUGCUUAUAGCGGACAGUGAAAGUGCGAUCGACUAUGUUGAACGUUUCAUUAACGUUCAUCAACAGAAACAAAACAUAGGAGUACGUACUUUGGUAGGUAGUUCUUUUCCUGGUGAUCUUCUUUCUGGAAAUACGUAUGCUGAACAAUACAACUAUCGAGUUUUGAUGGAUGUUAUUCUAUAUGCUGAGACACAUAUUACUUUGAUCAUGCGUCAAAUGGGUCACGUAUAUGAUAAUCUUUACGAUCUUUUCAAUCAAAAUUUUGCGGUUUCAGCAAGAAAAAAAUACUGUCGUAUUGCUUUAGGUGCACUUUAUCAUCCACGUUGUCUUGUUCACGACGAUUUUUAUUGCGUUGUAUUUAUUCAUAAACGAGAUUUGGACAAAUGUGAUCCACCUUUUCUCAAUCGUUUUGAAAAACAUCUGAUCGAUAUUGAAACUUUGAUUCAUCCACGACAUAGAUCAGUAACAAAUGACUUACAUAUUUGGCUUGAAACUUUACUACCAAAGAAUCUUGGAAAACAUUUCCCCCUCUUGCAACAUUUGUUUGUCGACUAUAGUCAAGAUCAAAUUUGUAAUCUCGUCAUUGAGACUUUCGAACAAUUAAAAAUACCUAUCGAUAAUGAGGAAGCAGAUAAAAGACGACAAAAUGUUAUUGAUCAAUGUCAAGCAAAGUUGCUUCGCACCAGUUCAUUUGAUCUACCUCUAGUUCUUUCUCUCCAACAAAGUCCCGAGAACCAAAAAUUAAUUGAUCAAUAUUAUCAUGUUCAUGAGUCAAUUAGUUUUGCGAAACUUCUUGAACAAUCACUUGAAAACCAUGUUAACAUGAUUCCACGUAUUAUUUACACGUAUACACAAACCUUUCACACAAUUGAUGCAUUACCUAAUGUUGUGGAAGAAAUCAAAUUGAGUACUUUCAAGACAGAACUUGAACUGACAAAUAAAAUUAAACGACAUUACCAAGCAUUAACGAAUAUUCGUCUUCUGUUAAUUCGAGUUGAUUAUCAUAGUGCACAUCAACAUAUUCUCUCAUUGAAACAUGUUUUACUUAAUGAGCACGUACAUACAAGCAACCAAAGUGUCUGGUUAAUAUUUCAUUUGAAACGAAAUUUACUCAAUCAAAUUACCAACGAUGUCUUAUUUAGUAACUGGCCUGCUAAUAUGAUUGAUGAUCUCAAUACUCAUGUUUUUAUUCCAAAGAAUAUACUUGAAAAUCCUUCGUAUCGUGAUCUAGUUUUACAACCACAGUAUUCUCUCAGUGAAUGUACAUUUGAUGAUCUCGUUGAUCGAUGUCUAUCGAAAUUCCGCUAUACUGUUCCGCAUAAAAACGAUGAACGACUAAUUAAUACUAGGCGCCAUAGAAUUUUUCAACAAAUAAUUCAACAUACUGAUAACUCAAGAUCGAAAGAACUUCAUCUGCGUUCAAUUCUAGAAGAGAAUUUUAUGAUGUUAAUUCAAAAGAUUGAAGUCUCUAGCACUACACGGUUUACUGAUUGGCGACUCGAUCUUCUAACAAAUGGUAAAACGAUUGCUGGUUCUCGCUCAUUUUAUGAUGCUUUUCAAGCAACUAUUUCAUCGUUUCACGAAACAUAUCUCUUUCUUCUUUUGGCUCAUUUCGAAGAACAUAAUUUCAUUGAUUCUUAUAACUUCAUUUCAAGUGUUAAUGAUAAAAAUGUUCAAGAAUAUUUAUCAAAACUGUGGAAACAAUGUUUGACAAAGACGCUAGAAAAUAUUGACUUGACAAUAAUGAAUCGUGAUAUAAUUGAAAUUCAACUUUCUUUCGAUCUCAAAUUACCUUGUGCAACUAUCGAAUACGAAAAUAUUCGAAACAUCCGAGAAAAACUUCGCCAAUUAGAAGAUGAUGAUAAUAAUAAUGAGACCUUCGAUCAUUUUAAUUUUGUUAUCAAUCAAAUAAAGACUACAAGUGUUUAUGGAGAAAAUUUUAUGGAACUUGUCUUCAGUGAUGCACAAUUUUUUGAAUUUUAUUUUCAUGAUCAAAUUGCUCUCCAUCUCAUAGAGACAAAUAUUCAUCUUUCACCAAAAUUUGCUUUUGAUCUGUUGGCAAGCAAUUCGACUCGUUCAUUUGAACAAAACGCUCGAUUAUUUCUUGUACAAUAUGUCGAGUUCACAGAAAUUCUUCGAUUAUUCGAAAUAGGUUUACAACUGAUUAAUGAAGAAGAAAUUCGUAAUGAAAUUCAAAAGCAACUGAUCAAAAAUCCUAUUGGCAAUAUAAAACCUUCAAAAUUUUAUUCACUUGUUAUAGCCAAUGAACAAUUCUAUCAACUUCCACCACAAACAACGACAAUUGAAGAUAAAUGGGUAUUUAAAUGUAAAGGUAAUCCAAUGAUUGAAACUAGCUUAAUGAACUUGAUUGAAUUGAUUCUUUCACCAUUGAUUAUCGAUCGCACAAAUAGUAUUCAACAAGUUACAACAACCUACAGUUUAAUAGCACAAUGGAUUCGUGAUUUACCGUCGUAUUGGGUCAAUAAUCUUGAGAAACUUCGUUCAUUCAUUAGUCUUAUUCGUUGUCUUAAUGCUUUGCUUCCUGAAAAAGCUCUUGAUAUUUUCAAAAGUGUCUGUAAGCAAGGAUUUGAUGCUAGAUUUGAUUCAUGUCAAUCAAUACAUCAGUUUAUUAGUUAUCUACAAGACAUUAUCAAAGCAGAAAGAACUAUCGCAAAUGAAAAUGUUCUUCAUCGAACAUUGCUCAAACUCGAAGUCGAAUUUUUGAAAGAUUGGUUAGCUGAUAACGGUGAUUCAUAUGGCGAAAUUUUGGUUUUGAUAAAUAAAAAUGAUAACGAUCUGUGGUAUUAUUCAGCCAAAAUCUUUACAUAUAUUGAUAGAAAGCUUGAUUUACUCUCAACAUUGAAAGAAAGUCAUGGAAAUCUACCUUUGACUGAAGAAUACGAACAAUUUAAUCACUGCCUUGAAAUUGCAAACAAUGCGACAUAUAAAGUAGAACGAUUAAUGGUAAAUAGAUUUCAUAUGCACUUGAUGCGGGAUGCUCGAGGAGAUGAAAUUGAUCAGCAACUAACGGAAAAUUACAUACAUUUUGAACAGAAUUUGCAUGACAUUCAAAAUAUAGAAAAAGAAAAUGAUUUAAAACUGAUUUCAAUGCUUGCUUGGCUCAAAUAUUAUACUCAGAUAUAUGCAUUCGCUUUGAACGUUGAUAGUCGACAAGAUGUUCUUCGCAAAAUCGAUCAACUACUAACAAACAUCAAUACUCCAUUUUGUUCAACAUUGAAAUUAUUUAUUUUUAAACAAAUUCUACAAAUAUCAGGACUGAAUCUAAAUGAUAUGCGUGAAUUGUACGCUAAUCGUAAUAUUAUUUGGAUCAAACCAUUUAUUCAAUGUCCGCGAGAUCAACAAGCUCAAAAUAUUCGCCGAACUCUCAUUCUACCAACUCCACUUUUCGAAUGUCACGAAGAAUUUAAACGAGUUAGUCAAGUUCUCAACGAAGUGGACAAAAUGAAUAAAUUGCGACAGAUGAUUCAUCAAUGUAAUACAUCACAAAAGUUAAACUAUGCCUUUUUGUCUUGGUUUAUUCAAUACUACUGUCGUUUUAUUCAGCCAAAUACGGCUGUUGACGGUACAUUUAUUCAGCUUAUUCAACAUGAUUUGAGCCAAGAUUUUAUCCGUUCCUUUACACCAUUAGGACACAAAUUACUUGUUUCGCUAUGCUCGAAUUUUUCGGACAAUUCUUAUUUUCGUCUUCAUGCUAACAUGAUACCGAAUGAAAUUCAUAAACGAUUAGUUGCUUUAAAUAUUGUCGCUGUAUUUAUAUCCUUAAAAUCACUACCAGAAAUAACCUGUCUUGGAAAUAUCCUUUUUAAUAAUCAGCGACAGAUACCUAACAAUUACAUCCAACAUCUGUCAAGCCUCUGCUUACCUGGUAUGACGGUUAGCGAUCCUGUCGUUACUCAAAUGAUGGAUGUACGCACUCAAGUUCAAGAUCGUCUCAAUCGAGGCAUAAUUCACGAUGGAGGAAAAUUUAUUUUUCAAUGUUCACGGGAAUGUCCAUGGAUGUUCUAUUUUCAGGACUGUGGCAUUCCAAACGAUCGAAACAUAUGUACAUUAUGCAAAAAGCCAAUCGGUGCUGAACGAUACAACGUUCUAAUUCAACGUGAUCCUCCUCAAAUCAAGAUGUCCAUUGCCGAAGGCUUCCAAAUAAUUGAUCAACAUCUCAAUAGAUACAAUCAGACAAUUCAUCUCGGAUAUCAUAAUGUCAAAACUCAUGAAACGAGCACCAUUGGAGAAAAGCCUGAUCAUUUGAAUCGACCCGUUUCGUUUCGUUUUAUUCACUUGAUCACACAUGGUCUUCUACUUUUUCUGCAUGAUUUCAAUUAUUUGACGGAUGAUGAUUUGACACAACGUCUCAAAUUGUCAACAAGUACACAUUUUCGUGAUCAUUUUGAAAAAGACUAUGCUCUUCUCGCUCAAUCAUCAACAGAUAAUCAUCAAUGUUAUAUUUGGCUCUACAAGCUUCUCAAUCAUCUUAUUAGUGAUGAUUUUGCUAAGCGUGGUCUAAUGAAUACAAAUCAACAUGUUCUUCAAUUAGAACAAAUGAUUGAGCAGAAGAUUAUUUUUGCACAUAUCGAUUCAAUAACUAAUGAAAUUUCAGAAUACAAGAAAGCUUAUGUUCAAUUUAUUCAAGAACGUGAUUCAAAACCAUCACUCGACAGUUUCAUUGAUGAAUUAUUUGAAGAUGAAAAACAAUUUCCUCUUUUAAAUUUUUUUAAUGUCACAACAUUUCACACUUCAAAUCUACUGGAUGAAUUCAUUUUGAGAAUGCAAACACUUCCGUAUGCCGAAAGAUCCUAUCCAGUUACCACAUUUAUUUUCAAACGUUUCAACGAUUACAUCAAUAUUCAACAUCUUUAUCCAAUUAUUAUUUUUAGUAAUUAUCUUAUUGACAAACUCAACUAUCGAAUCAAAAGAAAUGAUGCAGUUGAAAAGAAAAUUAUUUAUUAUUUAACAACAGGCAAUGAUCAACACAUAAUACAACAAUACUAUGAAGACUUUUUACAUGCUUGGUAUGCAUUGAAUUUAAAAGAAGUUCGCUAUGGAUGUCAAACGCCUAAAUUCGAAUUGAGUGUUACAAAAGAAAAGUUUGCCGAGAGUACUAGUAUUGCAACACUCUUAUUGAAUACAUCGAAAGAUGAAAGUAGUCUUCUUCUUGCUGCAUCUAUCAAAACUAUUGCUGAAUUGCAAAAUGAAAUAGUCAAUUAUUUUCACAAUACAAUCGAACAUGUUAUCAAUACAGAAACAAAACGCAAACAAGUACCAGUUCAGUCUAUUCGACUGGACAAUAUUCUGCGUCUUGAUCGAAACGAAUUAAGUCAAAAAUUAGUCAAUGACAGUCUUGUCUUGAACUAUCAGUAUGGAAAAAGCAAAGAUAUUAUCUAUGAUUAUGAAGAAAUCGAAAUGACACUUCGAAAUAUGAUCAGUUCUUUAGUAUUGAUCGAUACCGAUAAAUUACGCUUUCUCAACUAUCAAUUCGAAUUGUAUAGUGAAAACACAUCGCUGAUCAAUGAUGUUCGUACUCGUAUCAAACAGCAACAAUUACCAAACGAUGAACGAACUAGAUUACAUCGUCUUCUUGUAGGAAUGAAUAAUGAUGAUAUUCUUAAUUAUCUCGGUUCACUUGACUACGUUUUUACCUAUUUACGAAAUAGUGUACCAGAAAAUGCUACAGAGACUACAACAAUUCAAACAUUCGUUGAGCAGCAUAUCCAUGCAUAUGCUUGUUUAAACGAUAAUAUUCUUCGACGACCACCAUUUUCUACAAUUCAAUUACGAUAUAUUAUUGAUUUGUAUGAAAUGAUUGAAGAAAAUGCCUUUGAUCAAGUCUUACGUGCUUAUGUGAAAAAAGAACUUGUAGAAGAAAUGUUUUCAGAUGAAGAACGACAACGUGUCCUACUAGUAUUUGCUCGUAAAACAUUUGAAAAAGAAACAAUUGCUGAAACAUUGAAAAGUAUUGAUGGUUGGAUUUCGAUGCUCAAACGAUUAAUGAUUCGUGUAUUGAAUGCUAAUGUUAGUCUUGAUGUUCCACUUCAACUCUAUCUUGAACGAACCGAUUUAUGGAGUGAUCGUGUGAGCGAUGUUGAUCUUGAAACCUUUCAAGUUGAUGAUGAUAUUCUUCUUCAACAUACCUAUGUCAUCCUAAGAGGUUUAGAAAAGAAGCAACUGAUGAAUAACAAGUCAUCGCAACAACAAAGAGUAUCAGAAAUUCAAAGUACAGAAGGACAACGACAAAAAGUUCAGACAUGGUUCGAUACAACAGCUAGAUCGACAACAGCUCCCAAAGUGAUUGCUGAUAAAAAAGGAGAUAAACCAAAGAUUCCUGUCAAAGGAUCGUUUGGACAACAGGCAAUUAUAAAUGAUGAAACAUUGACUGAGAAUAAUAUAGAAUCACAAGAUGAACCAGCAUCUCCUGAUCAAAUUCAAGUCGAGAUUGGAAAUGUGACAAUUGAACCGACAAAGUUAAAAUGUAUAGAGCUCCUAGAAAUGACUGUUCAAGUCCUUGGUCUAUUUCAGGAUAAACUACAAUAUAUAUGUGCAUCACGACAAAAAAAUUCAGUUCAAGAUAUUAUACGCUUAUUUCCCGAUAUUAAACAAGCUGAGAAUGAUAUGAACCAGUUGCAACCAUUACUUGAUGCUGAAGCUCUGCCACAACUUCUUUUGAUUGUUUCAUUCUGGAAAAAUCGUUUACGCAUUCGUGAUAUCUGCAUGGGUUUAAAUUUGUUGAGCAAAGCGGUUCCUGCUAGUUUUGAUUCAACUUUAUUUGAUCGUGUUUGUGCUAUGAAUGAGACAACAUCGAGUGAAGAAUGCGCUCUUGUUUAUCAAAAGUAUCGAGAUCAAAUCGAGAAACAAUUUUCUGACAACAUGUUGACACUAUUUUCCUACUAUAGUUCAGCAUCAGAUCUAUUUGAUUUUCUUCGUUCACUUUCUGCCGAUGAUGUUUACAAUUUGCAAGAGGCUGUUAAUGAUUGGGAGGAAACAUUAGUCAGCACAAAGAUUGUUCUUGAGUUCGCUACGGUCAAGAACUUUAUUGAUCGUGUUUAUGCUACUAUAACAGUCAAAUAUCAGGAAUUGAUAAAUACGCCAUUGAAACUGAAUGAUAUUGGUACCUGCUUCACUAACGUAUGGGAAAAUGAACAAUUUAAAGAUUUACUCACAUAUCUUGAAUCAUCAUCUUUAGCAUUAUCGAGCAUUAAACGUAUUCAUUUGGAAUUAGUCGACAAAGAACAAUCGAAACGACGUCGAAUAGCCGAUAUUCUACAGAAGUCUACUGUGUAUUUCAUUCGUAUUGGAUACAACGAAACAACAUUUGAUGUUAAUGUAGAACUUCCAUCUCAGAAGACAACUACGAUCGAUGAAAAGAAAGAACAAAAGAUAAAGUGGGCCGAUUUAAGUGAACUUCGUGAUCGUGCACGUCUUCUUGAGUAUUCAAGUAAUGUCAACAAGAGAAAUAUUCCUGAUACUGACAGUGAACGUGAAAAAGAAAAGUUACGCAAUUUUAUUCAAUUUGCUAACAUUCUUGAAUCUACUAUUCAAAUUCUGACAAGUCUGUAUAUUGCAGGUCAUCCGUCUGUUUCAGAUUUUCUUGUCAAUCAGACGUCAAUGUCAGAAUUACUUGUUGAUCAAAAAACAUUUGCUUGUAAUAACGGAUCUUAUGAUGAUUUACUAGGAUAUAAUAAAAUACUAAUAAAAUUAUUCGAUGCUUGGGAAAAUAAAUUGUGUACUAUGUAUAAAACAAACAUUAAUUUGACUUAUUUCUCAGGCAAUCAAUUGUGGCAAAUUGAAGAUUAUAUUUACAGUCGUUCUUCAGUAUCGCAUCCCGGAUAUCAUCUUCUCAAGUUUAUUGGCAUCGAUCCAAACUCGAUCGAACAACCACAAAUCAAACAACAAAUUCCAGAAGAUCGAUUAGAGAAUCUUGGACAUUUGCUUUCUCAAAGACAAGAAAAUUCUGCUCCGAGAGAAGAAAGUCCAAAAAUAAAAAAAUGUGUCCUUGCCGAAACAACCAAUGAAGGGAUUCUACGUGCUAUUCUUUCGCUGUUCUCGUUGACAAACACUAUACCUUCAGUUUAUCGUAUUCUUUAUUGUACUCAACGUACAAAUUGGAUUCAAGUACGUGCAUUCAUCUACCGAUGUUUUUAUUCCCAAUCAUUUCAUCAACUUAUUCGACCUGAACUUCUUUCACAGUCUGUUCAAGAUCAAUUUAUUAGCCUGUUACGUACGUUAGUGAAGCAGAAAUCUAGUCAAUUUUUUCGAAUAGGUAUUAUUACAACGACCACACUAGCAGGACAACAAAUGAUCAAUGGACUUCAAUCGAUGCAAAUUCUUCAAAUUUAUCGUGAUAGUGAAUUGCUUAACGUGACUGAAUUUUCUACAGUUCUCAAACAAAUGAUUCGUGGUUGUCAAUUGACUACAUCACGUAUUGCUGGCCUGGGAAAAUCAAGUGUGAUUCGACACACUGCUAUAACGUUAAACAAGAAUUAUGUCAAAUUUCCAAUAUCUGGUGAUUUUGAUGUUGAUAUAUUAGCUGAAAGACUCACUUCCAAAUGUCCGCAACUUCAAAACGCAGCUCUUCAUCUUGAUAUUGGAUCAAUUCAUAAUAUUCAACAAUUAAAUGAAGUUCUCUAUUGUGUUAUUCUAUUUAGAACUUUUCGUUUUGGACAAGUAGCUGUUUCAAUACCUGCCGAUACUUUAAUCUAUAUUGAACUUGACUCGUCACCUCAAUCUACUCUACAUGAAAUCUCGCUUUUUCAGUACAUACCAUCAUUGAUUUAUGUCGAUCGUGUCGACUGGAACAAACUAAAUGUAAAGAGUCCUGAUAUUCAGACUGUUGCCAAGUAUAUGCAAGCAAUCACUAUGGGAAUUAUCAUUAAGCAAGAUGUUGAUCUUUCGAAUUUAAAAGAAUUGGAUGCAGUAGCAGUUUCUUGUCUCAUUCAAGGUCACUUUCUUGAAAAGAAAAAUUUAGAUUUUAUUACGUGGACUCAACUAUCGAUCUUCAUCACCGUUUUCUAUCGUCUAUUCACAAGUUUUUCCCUUUGUAGUUUCUUUUUUGUCAAAUGGGUUCCUCGUCGAGAAUUACGUAUGGAUCUUGUUCAAACUUUACUUCGAUCUUCAAAUCAAUUCACAUCUCUCUCGGUUGAGGCUGUUCGAAAACAACAACGAGCGGUUGCCAGUGAUACACCGCAAGAGUUCAGUGAUGCCAUCGUUCGAUGGGACACAGUCCAACCUUUCAUACUAAUCUUCACAGAUACUCAUGAACCAUUGUUUAUUUAUAAGAAAACGAAGGAUAUUCCUCCAGCACUUAUCGAAUAUUUUAAAAUUUAUUAUCAAGUAACAGGUCAAAAAAAAGAAUUGGCAGAAAACAUCAUGUUUCCUGAUUAUGACAAUCUUACUCAUGUAGAAUUCUUUAUCAAAUUAGCGUCACUAUCAAGAAAAUAUUUCAAUAAAUCAGUUUGUUCAAAAUGUUUUCGACAAUAUGAAUAUAAAGACAGACAAUGCACACAUUGUCUCAAUGUUGAUCUUAUCCGACCUGCAUCAUUCAAUGAUUCUGAUAUUAUGGUAUUUCAAAUUGACAUUGCAGAGAAGCUAAAAAAUGAAUAUGUUCUUACACCAGAUAAUUUUGUUAAAAUGCUUCUUAUCUAUAUGCGAGUACAAUGUAGAAUUCCGGUUUUGAUCAUGGGCGAGACAGGAUGUGGAAAAACGGCAUUGAUUCAGUUCUUGUGUCAAAAGAUACUCGAUGAUGAACUUGAGGUUUUUCGUAUGCAUGCAGGUGUUGAAGUCGAUAAAUUAAUCAAAAUAGUACAAUCCUAUAUGCGACAAGCUCAGGAAUGUAAAACUCGAAAAAAACGCUUAUGGGUCUUUUUUGAUGAGUUCAAUACGACCAAUAAUAUUGGUCUUCUCAAAGAAAUCAUCUGCGAAAGAACUCUUCUGGGCGAACCGUUACCAUCGAACAUGGUUUUCUUAGGUGCUUGCAACCCUCGACGCAAUAAAACAAAUAAAAUUCUAAUCAAUGAAGAUGCGCAAAUCGGAUUAAGACAAACUCGAUAUGAAAUGCAGAAACUACUUUGUGCAGGUACCGACCGACGACUCUUGUAUACAGUAGUACCUAUUCCGGAAACAAUGCUUGAAUAUAUUUGGGACUAUGGAUAUCUAAAUGAAUCCACAGAGCGAGCCUAUAUUAAAACGAUGCUGAAUACAUGUCGUGAUCUUUCGUCGAAUUCAACGCUGUUCAACCUUACCGUUGAUCUUCUUGUGAAUUCUCAACAACAUUUUCGCGAACUUGAAGAUGCUAGUAGUGUGAGUCUUCGAGAUAUCGCUCGAUUUUGUCGUUUAUACAAUUGGUUUCUGGAGUCAUUAACUCAACGAUCUAAAGUAGGCGAAUUAAAGAAAAGCACUCAAAACUUUCUUCUUCGAGCAACUUUUAUUUCUUUACUACUUUGCUAUUAUUUCCGGUUACGUUCUGUUAAAUUAAAACAAAUAUAUAUCGAAAAGAUGCAAAUGAUUAUAGCUCAAGAAUAUCCACGUAUUAAAAAGGUUCCUGAUUAUUUAACAAGAGGCAUUCUUGAACGUGAACAAAAGAAAUUAAUUGAUGAAAUGAUGGAAUUACCAGCUGGUACAGCUCCUAAUCGAGCAUUGCGUGAUAAUAUAUUUGUUCUCUUUGCUUGUAUUAUCAAUCGUAUACCUCUGUUCCUUUGUGGUAAACCAGGUAGUAGUAAAUCAUCGGCAGUUCAAAUAGUGAUCAGCAAUCUCAAAGGCAAAAAGUCGAAAGAUUCAUAUUUUCAAACAUUGCCCGAACUUGUGGCUGUUUCGUUUCAAGGCUCUCAAAAUUGUACGUCCGAGAGUAUUAUUAAGGUUUUUGAACGUGCUGCAAAUUAUACUCGAGUGAAGAGUAUAUCUGAAUUAUUGCCAGUAAUUGUUUUCGAUGAAAUUGGUCUUGCCGAACUUUCUCCACAUAAUCCAUUGAAAGUAUUGCAUGCCGAACUUGAAGUUGAAAAUAAUCGAUAUGGAUUCGUUGGCAUAUCUAAUUGGCGACUUGAUGCUUCGAAAAUGAAUCGAGCUCUCUAUUUAUCGACACCAGAUCCAGAUGUUAAAGAUUUGCAACUCACAGGUAAAAUAAUCUCGGACAGUAUGCAAAAACAGACAAACGUACAAAUAAUUGAAUUUGAACCAAUCAUUAUUGAAAGUCUUUCUCAAGCCUACUAUGAUCUUUAUGAAAUUUUAAAAGAAACACAACCUGAUCAUCAAAACUAUUUUGGUCUUCGAGAUUAUUAUUCUCUAAUCAAAGGUAUUCUUCGUGAUUUAAUGGUAAUGAAACACAAAGCAAACUUAUAUGAAAUUAUUCGACGUCAAUUGAAAAUUAAUUUUGACGGUGUUCUUGAUGGAUCAUUACUCUUGUGGCAACACUUUUGUGAUAAUAUUCAUAAACAAAAUCUUUUUAACGAAUACAAUUGUCCAUCAUUUGAUUUUCUUCUCGAUCAAACUCUUAAGGCACGUACUGGUCGAUAUCUUAUGCUUAUAGGUGAUAGUGAAAGUGCUAUCGAUUAUGUUGAACGUUUCAUUAACGUUCAUCAAAAGAAACUAAAUGUGGUGGUACGUACACUAGUAGGUAGUUCAUUUCCUGGUGAUCUACUUUCUUUAAAUACAUAUGCCGAACAAUACAAUUAUCGAGUUUUAAUGGAUGUUAUUCUCUAUGCUGAGACAAACAUUACUCUUAUUAUGCGUCAAAUGGGUCAUGUAUAUGAUAAUCUUUAUGAUCUAUUCAAUCAGAAUUUUGCAGUAUCAGCCAAAAAGAAAUAUUGUCGUAUUGCUUUAGGUGCACUCUACCAUCCACGUUGUCUUGUUCACGACGAUUUCUAUUGUAUUGUUUUUAUUCAUAAACGAGAUUUGGAUAAAUGUGAUCCUCCAUUUCUUAAUCGUUUCGAAAAACAUUUGAUCGAUAUUGAAGCUUUGAUUCAUCCACAACAUAGAUCAGUAGCCAAUGAUUUACAUAUGUGGCUUGAUGGUUUGCUACCAAAGAAUAUUGGAAAACAUUUUCCACUAUUACAACAUUUAUUUGUCAACUAUAGUCAAGAUCAAAUUUGUAAUCUUGUUAUUGAAACAUACGAACAAUUGGAUAUAUCUAUUGAUGGCGAAGAAGCGAAUGAUAGACGGCAACAGGUUAUGAAUUAUUGUCAAGAACAAUUACUUCGUACUAGUUCAUUUGAUCUACCGCUAGUUCUUUCUCUCGAAAAAACUCCUGAGAAUCAAAAACUGAUUGAUCAAUAUUAUGAUGUUCAUCAUUCAAUCAAUUUUGCCGAACUUAUUCAACAAUCACUUGAAAAUACUACUAACAUAGCUCAUCAUAUUAUUUACACGUAUACACAAAUUUUUCACACAAUUAAUAAAUUACCAAAUAAUGUUGAAGAAAUCAAAUUGAGUACUUUUAAGACAGAACUUGAGCUAACAAAUAAAAUCAAACGCCAUUAUCAAGCAUUAACAAAUAUUCGUCUUCUUUUAAUUCGAGUUGAUUAUCAUAAUGAACAUCAACAUAUUCUCUCACUGAAACAUGUAUUACUUAAUGAGCAUGUACAUACAACUGAUCGAGGUGUCUGGUUAAUAUUUCAUUUGCAACGAAAUUUGCUCAAUCAAAUUACUAAUGACGUUUUAUUUAGUAAAUGGCCUGCUGAGAUGAUUGACGAUCUCAAUAAUCAUACAUUUAUUCCAAAGGAAAUACUCGAAAAUUCUUCGUAUCGUAAUCUAGUUCUUCAACCGCAAUAUAUCCUUACUGAAUGUGUAUUUGAUGACCUUAUCGAUCGAUGUUUAUCAAAAUUUCGCUAUGUCGUUCCGCAUAAAAAUGACGAACGACGAAUUAAUACAAGGCGUGAGAACAAUUUUCAACAAAUAAUUCAACAGAAGAAUAAAUCAAUAUCGAAAGAGUUCCAUCUUCGUUCGAUUGUAGAAACAAAUUUGAUCAGCCUAAUACAAAAGAUUGAAGCUUCUGAAAACAGACGUUUUACUGAUUGGCGCCUUGACCUUCUAACAAAUGGUAAAACCAUUGCUGGUUCUCGUUCAUUCUAUGAUGCUUUUCAAACAACAAUUUCAAAUUUUUAUGAAUCAUAUCUCUUUCUUCUUUUGGCUCAUCUCGAACAACAUAAGUUCAUUGAUGGUUAUAAUUUCAUUAUAAGUAUUAGUGAUGAAAACGUUCAAAAAUAUUUAGCAAAAAUGUGGAAGAAUUGUUUAGAAACGACUCUAGAAAAUAUUGAUAUGACAAUAAUAGAUCGUGAUAUGAUUGAAAUUCAACUCAUUUUUGAUCUUAAAUUACCUUGCGCAGCAAUCGAAUACGAAAAAAUUCGUAAUAUUCGAGAAAAAAUCCAGCAAUUAGAAGCUAAUGAUAAUGAAUCGACCGUUCCCAUAAAUUUCGUCAUCGAUCAAUUGAAGACUACAAGUGUCUAUGGUGCAGAUUUUAUAGGACUCAUUUUCACUAAUCAAUAUUUCUUCGAACUUUAUCUUCAUGAUCAAAUGGCUUUGCAUCUCAUAGACACAAAUAUUCAUCUUUCAUCAAAAUUUUCUUUGAAUCUAUUAUUAAGCAAUCCUAAUCGUACUAUUGAGGAAAAUGCAUUAUUAUUUCUUGCACAAUAUGCUGAAUUUACAGAAAUUCUUCGCUUAUUCGAAAUUAGUCUACAAUUAGUUAGUGAAGAAGAAAUUCGUAACAUUAUUCAAAAUCAAUUGAUCAAAACUCCUACUGGCAAUAUCAAACCUUCGAAAUUUUAUACACUCGUCAUAGCUAAUCAACACUUCUAUCAACUUCCACCACAAACAACAACAAUUGAAGAUAAAUGGGCGUUUAAAUGUAAAGGAAAUCCUAUGAUUGAAACAAGUUUAAUGAAUCUUAUUGAACUGAUUCUUUCAUCAUCGAUUAUUGAUCGUACAAAUAAUAUUCAACAAGUCACAACAGUCUACAGUUUAAUAGCACAGAGCGCUUGCGAUCUACCAUCGUAUUUGAUUAAUAAUCUUGAAAAACUUCGUUCAUUUAUCAGUCUUAUUCGUUGUCUGACUGCUUUACUUCCUGAUAAAGCUCUCGAUGUUUUCAAACAAGUUUGUAAGCAAGGUUUCGAUGCCAAAUUCGAUUCAUGUCAAUCAAUUCAUUUAUUUAUUACAUAUCUACAAGAUGUCAUUAAAGUCGAAAGACCUACUGCUAACCAGAAUAUUAUUCAUCGAACAUUAGUCAAACUUGAGGUUGAAUUCUUGAAAGAUUGGUUAGCUGAUAGUGGUGAUUCGUAUGAUGAAAUUUUGAGUUUGAUGAAUCAAGAUGAUAAUGAUCUAUGGCAUUAUUCAGCCAAGUUCUUUACAUAUAUCGAUCGCAAACUUGAUUUACUCUCAAUAUUGAAAGAAAAUAAUGGAAAUUUACCUGUCGAUGAUCAAUAUGAACUAUUUAAUAACUUUCUAGAAAGAACAAAGAAUCCAACGUGUAAAAUAGAAAGGUUGAUGAUGAAUAGACUCCAUAUGAACUUGAUGCGUGAUGCUCCAGGACAUCAAAUCGAUAAGCAAUUAACGGAACAUUUUGAACAUUUCCAACAGAAUUUGCAUGAAAUCCAAAACAUAGAAAAAGUAUCGGAUAUCAAGUCGAUCUCAAUACUUGCUUGGCUCAAAUACUAUACUCAGAUAUAUGGAUUUACUUUGAAUGCUGACAGUAAAGCAGAUAUUCUGCCAAGAAUCGAUCAACUACUAACGAAUAUUGACACUCCAUUUUGUUCAACACUGAAAUUGUUCAUUCUUAAACAAAUGCUACAAAUAUCAGGGCUCAAUCUGAAUGAUACGCGUGCGAUUUACGCCAAUCGUAAUAUUAUUUGGAUUAAACCAUUACUUGAACGGCCUCGAGAUCAACAAGCUCAACAUAUUCGUCGCAUUCUGACUUUGCCAACUCCUCUUUUCGAAUGUCGAAAAGAAUUUGAAAGAGUUAGUCAAAUUCUCAAUGAAGUGAACAAAACUAAUGAAUUACGUCAGUUGAUUGGUCAAUGCAAUACGUCCCAAAAGUUCAGUUAUGCUAUGUUAUGUUGGUUUAUUCAGUACUACUGCCGUUUCAUUGAACCCAAUGUAAAAGUUGAUGACAUCAUAGUUCAGGAAAUCAAACGUAAUUUGAGCAAAGAUAUUAUCCAUUCAUUUACACCAUUAGGACAUAGAUUUCUCGUUUCUUUAUGCUCGAAUUUUUCAGAAAAUUCUUAUUUUCGUCUUCAUCCUGCCAUGUCACCGGAUGAAAUUCAUAAACGUUUAGUCGUCUUAAUCGUUGUCGCUUUCUUUAUAUCUUUAAAAUCACUACCAGAAAUAACUUAUCUUGGAAAUAUUCUUUUUAAUAAUCAACGACAAAAACCUAACAAUUACGGUGAACAUCUUUCAACCGUCUGCUUACCCAGUAUGAUAAUUAGUGAUCCAGUCAUUACUCAAAUGAUGGAUGUUCGUACUCAAAUUCAAGAUCGUCUCAAGCGAGGUGUUAUACACGCUGGAGGAAAAUUUAUUUUUCAAUGUUCACGAGAUUGUCCAUGGAUGUUCUAUUUUCAAGAUUGUGGUGUUCCAAACGAUCGUAAUAUAUGUUCAUUGUGUAAAAAACCCAUCGGUGCUGAACGAUACAAUGUUCUCAUUCAACGUGAUCCUCCUCAAAUCUCAAUGUCUAUUGAUGAAGGUCUGCGAAUAAUUAAUCAGUAUAUCGAUCAAUAUAAUACGACAGCUCGUUUCGGAUAUCAUAAUAUCAAUACUCAUAAAACGAGUAAUAUUGGAGAUAAACCUGAUCAUUUGAAUCGACCUGUUUCAUUUCGUUUUAUUCACCUUCUCACACAUGCUCUUCUACUCUUUUUGCAUGAUCAUAAUUAUUUGACCGAUGAUGAUUUGAAACAACGUUUCAAACUAUCAGAAACGACACAUUUUCGUGAUCAUUUUGAAAAAGAUUAUGAUCUUCUAGUUCGAUCAUCGACAGAUACUAAACAAUAUCAUAUUUGGCUGUACAAAACUAUCGAACACCUUAUUAAUGACGAAUUAGUUAAGCGCGGCCUUAUGAAUACAAAUGAACGUGUUCUUCAAAUAGAACAACUUAUUGAACAGAAAAUCAUCUUUGCACAUAUCGAUUCUAUGACUACUGAAAUUGCUGAGUAUAAGAAAGCUUAUGCUGAAUUUAUUCAAGAACGCGAUUCGAAACCAUCUCUAGAAAAUUUCAUCGAUGAACUAUUCGAAAAUGAAACACAGUAUCCUCUUUUGAACUUUUUUAAUGUCACCACAUUUCAUACUACAAAUCCUCUGGAUGCAUUCAUGUUGAAAAUACAAACAGUUCCCUAUGCUGAAACAUCUUAUCCGGUCACGAUGUUUCUUUUUAAACGUUUUGAUGAUUAUGCUAAUAUUCAAUAUCUUUAUCCAAUCAUUGUCUUUACAAAUUAUCUCAUGGAAAAACUCAACUAUCGUAUCAAACGAAUUGAUGCAGCUGAAAAAAAAAUUAUCUAUUAUUUAACAACGGGGAAUGAUCAACAUAUAAUGAAACAAUACUACGAGGAUUUUUUACAUGCUUGGUAUGCAUUAAAAUUAAAAGAAGUUCGCUAUGGAUGUCAAACACCUAAAUUCGAAUUGCCUGUUGCCAAGGAAAAGUUUGCUGAAUCUACUAGCAUUGCAACACUUCUAUUGAAUACAUCAAAAGAUGAAAGUAGUCUUGUACUUGCUGCAUCUAUCAAAACUAUUGCUGAAUUACAAAAUGAAAUCGUUAAUUAUUUUCACAAUAAUAUUAAUGAUGUUAUCAAUACAGGAACAAAACGAAAACAGAUACCACUUCAAUCUAUUCGACCGGAGAACACUCUUCGUCUAGAUCGAAUUGAAUUAAGUCAAAAAUUAGUCGAUGAUUGUCUUGUUGUUAACUAUCAAUAUGCCAAAGGCAGAGAUAUAAUUUACGAUUAUGAAGAAAUCGAAAUGACACUUCGAAAUAUGAUCAGUUCUUUAGUAUUAAUUGAUACUGAAAAAUUACGUUUUCUCAAUUAUCAAUUUGAAUUGUAUAGUGAAAAUGCAUCUCUCAUCAAUGAUGUACGUGCUCGUAUCAAACAACAACAAAUGACAAAUGAUGAACGAGCUAAAUUACAGCGUCUUCUUGGAGCAAUGAGUAACGAUGAUAUUCUUAAUUAUCUCGGCUCACUUGACUACGUAUUUACCUAUUUAAGAAAUAUUGUACCAGAAAAUGCUUCAGAAACUACAAUGAUUCAAACAUUUGUUGAAUACCAUAUUCAUUCAUACACUUGUUUAAAUGAUAAUAUUCUUCGUCGACCACCAUUUUCAACAAUACAAUUGCAAUAUAUUAUUGAUUUGUAUGAAACAAUUGAAGAAAUUGCUUUUGAUAAAGUCUUACGUGCCUAUGUAAAAAAAGAACUCGUAGAAGAAACAUUUACAGAUGAAGAACGUGAACGUGUACUCAGUGUAUUUUCUCGUAUGACAUUUGAAAAACAAACAAUUGCUGAAACAUUGAAAAAUGUCAAUAGUUGGAUUUCUAUGCUCAAACGAUUAAUGAUUCGUGUAUUGAAUGCUAAUGUCACUCUCGAUGUUCCAUUACAAGUUUAUCUCGAGCGAACAGAUCUAUGGAAUGAUCGUGUGAGUGAUCUCGAUUUGGAAACUUUUCAAGUCAAUGAUGAUAUUCUUCUUCAACAUACGUAUAUCAUCUUAAGAGGUUUAGAAAAGAAACAAAAGGCAGGCAAUAAGCUACCACAGCAACAAAAAGAAUUGGAAAUUCAAACUAUAGAAGGACAGCGAGAAAAAGUUCAGACUUGGUUUGAUACAACAGCUAGAUCGACAACGGCGCCUAAAGUAUUAAAACCGAAGAUUCGGGUGUGA